AUCUCAAUACAAGCUACAAACCCCACUUUGUGUUCUCUCUGCUCUUUCCAUCUCAUCUUUUCUCAUUUGCCGGCCACCGACACAUCAUCAUUCCGGCGAACUUCUCAUCUAUUGCCGCAGAACCGCCGCCCCACUACCAUUUGGCUUAUAUUUCCAUCUCUCCGGUUGAAACCAGAAUCGACUUCUUUCAAAUGCUCUUUGUCGGUAGAUUCUAAAAUCUGGUUGAGGAUUGUAGAAAAAUUCAAUGCGCUUGUGAAAUAAACGCUGUUUUUUAUUUCUGUAUAAUUUUGUCCAUAAAUGGUUCCCUGAAAACCUAGUAAUUAUGUGCAAUUAGAUGAGAGAAAAAACGGUGCAUUUUGCUGAGAAUUAAUAUCACCGAAAAACUUGCAAAACUUGCUUAUUUCAUGGUAGACAAGUCUGCCAUUAAAUUGUAGUUUGGAUCCGCCAUAAUUGCGUUCCCUACAAAAUUCGGAUCUCGAUAUUACAUCCUAUUCAUAUCGUUCCGGCGGCGACAAUUUAGCGGUUAUCUUCAUCAAUCCAGAUCCUUCUUUUGGUACUAAAAUAAUCAGUGUUUGAGUUGUGGAUGUAUGAGAGAGAUGUGCAAGGUAGACGAUAGAGAUAAGAUGAAGCAGAAGAAGAGGUUUUCAAUCGGUACAAUGGGGUUGAAGAGCUUGGGAGUUUGUAGAGUUGAAAAGUUAAAAAGUUCAAUGGUGAAUGCUAGGUCUCCGAGAAUGAAGCUGUGGUUAAUUAGGGCAACGACGACUGUGUUGUUGUGGACAUGCUUCGUUCAGCUUACAGCAUUAGGGGGUACAUGGGGACCUAGGGUUUUGAAAGGUUGGCCUUCUUGCUUUACUCAAGAUUCACAUUCUGCUUCUGCUUUAGAUCUAAAGUUGUUGCCCACUGUUCCAGCCAGAGUCCUUCCACCCAAGAGGGUCUACAAGAACAACGGUUACUUAGUCGUUUCAUGUAAUGGAGGACUCAAUCAAAUGCGUUCUGCUAUUUGCGACAUGGUUGCAAUUGCUAGAUAUUUAAAUGUUACACUUAUAGUCCCCGAGCUUGAUAAAACUUCUUUCUGGUCUGAUCCAAGUGAGUUUGAGGACAUUUUUGAUGUUGAUCAUUUCAUCACAUCCUUAAGAGAUGAAGUACGUGUUCUUAAACAGCUUCCACCAAGGCUUAAAAAGAGGGUCGAAUUGGGAAUUGUGCACACCAUGCCUCCUGUUAGCUGGUCUGAUAUUUCCUACUACCAUAACCAGAUUCUUCCAUUGAUUCAAAAAAUACAAAGUUGUGCAUUUGAAUAG